AUGCCUUUCCUGUUUGAAAGCGUUUUAGUAACGGGAAGUAGUCGUGGGUUUGGCUUUGAGAUGGUUCGCCAAUUGGCUAAUUUGUCAUACCCACCCAAGUAUAUCUUUGCUACGUGCAGAUCACCAGGUGGAGAGACAGCAAAGGAGUUAAAGAACUUUGCAUCAGAUCAUAGCAAUGUCACCAUUAUUUCGUUAGAUACUUCAUCGAAAGAAUCCAUUCAAAAAUCAGCUCUUUUGGUUAAAGAGAAAUUGGGCAAUGAUGGACUCGAUCUUGUAAUCAAUAAUGCAGGAAUUAAAACAGAAUCGCCUAGUUUUCUAGAUGAAACAGAGGAGGAUAUGAUGCGUGUGUUUAAAACUAAUGUGGUAGGACCCUUCCAAGUCAUACAGGCCUAUCAUUCACUUUCAGCUACGGCAGGUCAGAAAAAAGGUUUCGCCGCUAUUCUAAACUUUUCUAGUAUCCUUGGACCAUGCGAAAAAUCGAAUUUUGGUGGUUUAUAUCCUUAUGUCAUAUCUAAGGCUGGCAUGAAUAGAAUGACCAAAGGCUUGAGCUUUGAGCUCAUUCGUGAUAAUAUCAUUACCAUGUGUAUUUGUCCGUGUUGGGUAAAGACUGCAAUGGGAGGUUUGGAUAAAGGCAUACUAACACCACAAGAAUCUGUUGGAUAUAUUAUGAAAAUUAUUCAAUCAAUGGAUAAAAGUAAAAAUGGAGCCUUUUACAACUAUACAGGUGAUAUCAAUCCAUAUUGA